UCCCUGGAUCAUCUGCUGUGUUUUCUCCUUCCCUCCCCUGGAUAGGACGUCACAGGCAGCUUUGCACAGCUCAAUAUGGCUCUGGUGACAGAUGAGCAGGUCCAGAAGUUCCAUGAAAAUGGGUUUCUGGUUCUGGAGAGGCUGUUUACUGAAGAAGAAUGCAAGUCCAUGAAAGAAGAAAUGGGGAGGAUAUUACAAGAGAUGGACGUGCCUCCUCACUUGCGAACAGAGUUCUCCACACAGCAAGAAGAACAGCUCCGAGCCCAGGGGAGUGCUGAUUAUUUCCUUACCAGUGGAGACAAGAUACGCUUCUUUUUUGAGAAAGGGGUGUUCGAUGAAAAAGGGGAAUUUCUGGUAGCAAGAGAAAAAUCGGUGAAUAAAGUAGGACACGCUCUACAUGCUUAUGUCCCAGUCUUUAAAAGCAUCACCAAUUCCUCCAAAAUACAGGAGGUGGGACGCCGACUGGGCCUAGUAAAGCCGGUCAUAGUCCAGAGCAUGUAUAUUUUUAAGCAACCCAACAUUGGAGGAGAAGUCACACCUCACCAGGACGCCACCUUCCUGUACACAGAGCCUCUUGGUCAGAUCACAGGAUUCUGGAUUGCUCUUGAAGAUGCUACUGAACAAAAUGGCUGCUUGUGGUUCAUUCCAGGUUCUCAUAAGGACGGAAUAUCGCGCCGCAUGUUGCGCACGCCGCCUGGCACGAUCCCUUGUACAAAGUUCAUUGGAGAAGAGCCAAACUACAAUGAUGACCUGUUUGUGCCAGCUCCUGUGCCAAAAGGAAGCUUAGUGCUUAUCCAAGGAGAAGUUGUCCACAAAAGUGAGCCGAACGUUUCCUCAAACUCUCGUCAUGCCUACUCCUUUCAUAUUAUGGAAUCAGAAAAUAGCACCUGGAGUCCAGAAAACUGGUUGCAACCAACUAAGGAACUACCUUUUCCAUCUUUGUACACAUGACAUUCCCCAUGGGAAAGCGAGCCUUCACGAUGAUCUUUUAUUG